AUGUACGACCGUAUGUUUCGAAUUAUUCUCCUAUUUUUCUUCAUUCAUUCAACAUUUGGCGAUGAUUCCAAAACUUCGGAAGCAUUCGAUUAUGCUGUGAACACAACCAUUGAUUACAUCGAAGCGUUAAGACAAAACUUGUAUCUCUCAAAAGUGUUUGAUGACAAGUUUAAUUUGACGCAAAAUUGCAAUUCCGAAUCAUUUACUCGCGAUCAGAUGUUAAAGUUUCGCAAUGGUUAUACAAACCCUGCACCAAUCAAACCAUAUAUUUUGCAAAAAACGGAAUUAAAACAUUGUACUUUAAAAUGGGAACUUAUCAGCACGGAUUUUACGAUGUUUAUCACAGCGAAACGCGAUGAUGAUGAAGAAACGUUCAGAAUUCGGUCUCAACAAAUUACUUAUGCAAGUUGUGAGAAAUUUUUGAAUGGAACAAGAGAAAUGGACCUAACUCCAUUGAUUGAUCAGGAGGCAUAUGAGACUGCUAUGCAAAUAUUCGACAAAUUUAGGAAUAUUUCAAAUUUUGAAAAAAUUCUUGAUGAAGAUUUUCAUCUAUAUCGAAAGGAUAACAAAAUUUUCUCAAAACAUCAAUUCAUAAAACUUCAUGAUACGUAUCGAGAGCAAAUCCUUAAGAAUGAACCCAAAUUUCAUGUCCAUAACGUAAGGAAGAAUGACAUUACUGACAAUAUUCUUUUUGAAAUUCAACUUCAUGGUGAUACAAUUGAAGUCAACUCAAAAACGCGUAAAAUUAUAAAAAUAACAAAUAGUUGGAACUCGGGAAGUCUAUCAAGUUGCUUUAUUCCCGAGAAAGAAAUAGGACAAAAAAUAGCGAAUGAUUUGAUGACAAAAUAUUUGGAAGCUGUUAGAGAUAAUAAUUUGACAUUAUUCCAAACUGUUACUUCGGAUACCUUUGAAGCGUUCGAUAUGGCGAUUCAAAGUUUUCACAUGUUGCGUGACACCUUUUUCAAAGUUGUACUUGGGAAUCUAAAUUCUGCAAAGGACAUAAGUAUGGAUUCUCUGUACGUAUAUCAUUUCGAUAUUUUCACCGGAGAUAUAUAUUUUACGGUUCUAACAGCUCACGGAAAUAGCGAUUUCCACACAAAGCGCGAAUAUGGAAAAUUUCUCCUUAGCUCAGAAAGAAUGAAUGACUGGGAUCGAGAAAAGGUUAUUUUUGAUUUAAAACGCGAAAUAUAUCAGGCUGGUAUUAUAAAUGAUCUUCAAAAUGUUAUAAUUCAAUAUGUUGAUGCGAUCAAUAAUCGAAAUAUUCAUGAAUUCGAGAGUGUCACAUAUCCAGGUUUCAUGAUCGAUAAACAAAAAUUUAAAUGUUUUAAUGAUUCUUAUCCAAGCGUUUUUCCGGAAUUAACUGUUACCGAAUUGAUUAUAAAAGACAAUCAUAUUGAAUUCAAAACAACUGGAGAGGGCCAAACAAAACAUGUGUAUGAUGUAAAAAGAUUACGCGGCGCAUAUUAUUUGACAAAAGAAAAAAGAAAAGAAAACUGGAAAAAUACAUAUACAACCUUUGCAAACUUGUUAUAUUAA